CAUCAAUCAAUCACCCUUGACACCCGCCCCGUCCACAAGCCAAGCCAAGCCAAGCCAAUUGACACGACCAUGGCACGAAAGCGCGCAGCCCCAGACAGCGAGCGGCGGCGCUCGGGGCGCAUCGCCAGCACGCCCAAGAAGAGCUCGUACUUUGAGGACCCGGACCCGGACGAGGACGAGAUGCCGCCCAGGAAGAAGCGCGGGCGUCCGAGCGGUGGUGGGUCGAGGGGGGCGAAGCAGGGCAGCGAGAGCGAGAGCGAAGCGCACGUCGAAGUAGACGAGGACGAAGAUGACGACGAUGACGAUGACGACGAUGACGGUGGCGAUUACGGUGGCGAAGACGAAGACGAAGACGAAGAUGCCCCGCGCAAGGUGCAAAUCAUACCGCUCGAAAAGAUGCGCGGCACGGGGGGCGUCGAGUACGAGGACCACAAGCUGCAUCGCAACACGCUGCUGUUCCUGCGCGACCUCAAGGCGAACAACAGGCGGCCGUGGCUGAAGAGCCACGACGACGAGUACCGGCGCGCGCUCAAGGACUGGAACAGCUUCGUCGAGGCGGCCACGGCGACGCUGCUGGGCAUCGACGAGACGGUGCCGGACCUGCCGGUCAAGGACGUGGUGUUCCGGAUCCACCGCGACGUGCGCUUCAGCAAGGACCCGACGCCGUACAAGCCGCACUUCAGCGCGGCGUGGUCGCGGACGGGGCGCAAGGGCCCCUACGCGUGCUACUACGUGCACUGCGAGCCGGGCAAGUCGUUUGUCGGCGGCGGGCUGUGGCACCCCGAGGCGGCCGCCGUGGCGCGGCUGCGGAGGAGCAUCGACGCGCACCCGCGGCGGUGGCGAGCGGCGCUCGGCGAGGGCGAGUUCCGGCGCGUCUUCUUCCCGCACGUGCGGCGCGGCGGCGACGACGGCGAGGCGCUGGUCAAGGCGUUUGCGGCGCGCAACCAGGAGAAUGCGCUCAAGAAGCGGCCGAUGGGCUACGAGGUGACGCACCCGGAUAUUGAGCUGCUUAAGCUGCGCAACUUUACGGUCGGGAGCAAGAUCGACGCCGAGACGCUGACUCGCGACGACGCGCAGGAGAAGCUGGGGGUCCUGCUGCGCGGGCUACACUCGUUUGUUACGUUUCUCAACAGCAUCGUGAUGCCAGAUGCGCGACUGGGUGACGACGGCAGCGACAACAGCGAGUCGGACGAUGACGGCGACGGAGGGCACGACGGUGGAGAGGCACAGCCCGAGGACGGGGAAGAAGAAGACGACGAAGACGUAGACGAAGACGAAGACGAAGAGCAAUGACGUCGGAAGCACGGUUACGUACGCGAAUAGCUAGCCCUACGCACAACCGCACACAUUCAGCAGCGCGACGCUCGGGUCGUGGUCGCUCGUCUGCCCCUUGAAAUUCUGCCAGGUGUUGACGUGCAGGUGCUCGACGCGGGCCCCGCGGGCGAGGGCGGGGCUCACGUACAUGUGGUCGAGGGCCUGGCUGUUCAUGUCGAAGAGGUAGGUGUAGCGCUCCUCGGGGGCCAGGCCGGCCAGCUCGUCGAGGUCGCGCAGCCCGGAGCGCUCGGCGAAGGCGCGCAUGGGCUGGACCUGCGUGAACUCGUUGAAGUCGCCCGCGGCGAUGACGCGCGCGGCCGGGUCCUGCUUGAGAAUGGCGGCGAUGAAGUCCUGCGCUCGCGUCAGCUGGUUGAGGAUGCUCUCUCUCUCUCUCUCAUUGCGCCUAGGCGACUCGGGUCUGGGGGCGUGUGCCUACUGCGGUAAUGGUGGUCUGCUCGGUGCGCUUGUCGACGCCCUUGUUGACGGGCGGGCGAGCGUCGCCGUGCAGCGUCGUGGAGCCGCCCUUGCUGCCAAAGUGGACGUUGACGGUGAAGAAGGGUUUGCGGGUGCCCCUGACGGUGCGCCAGGCGGCGGCGACGGGCUUGCGGCUGUCGUCAAAGGCAGCGCUGGCGGGCUGGAUGCGACCCGGGUUGAGCUUGAGGGCGGGGCCCGGGAGUACCUCGUUGGCGUCGAGGCUGCCCCCCUGGCGCGGUUCGUGCAGCUCGACCACGUCCGGGCGGUAGAGGUAGGCGCAGCGGAUAUUGCCACCGGGCUGGCCGCCGUCCUUGCCGUCCUGGGGCUCGACCUCGGCGAAGGCGUAGGUGACACCGGGGGCGGCGGCCUCGAUGCCGCGGACGAGCGUCGAGAGCGUCAGAUUGGCUGAGACGACGCCGUCGUUGACAGCGCCGGAGCCGUCCUGGACCUCCUGCAGGAAGACGAGGUCCGGGAGGCGCAGCUCGUUGACGAUCUGGUCGACGACGCGAGGCAGGUGUGCCGAGUUCGGGGCCAGGUUCUCGGCGUUGUAGUCGGCGACGGUGAUGCCCCUACAGGAGCGGCGGCUGGCGAGCGACGUGGCGGGGAAGUCGGCCGAGGCGUUGCGAAGGGGCACCAGGCGCGUCAGCGGCAGGAUGCGGUAGAAGCCAAAGGCGUUGGAGACGACGCCCGUGACGUCGCCGACAAAGUCGCCCAUCUUGGUGUCGGUCGGGUUGGCGGAGCCGUCGAGGGGCGUGCCGACGACAAUGGUCUCGGGGUUGGCAUCUGCGUGUCCAGAUCCCCCCGCCGCUCGUCAUCAGCCGGCGCGUCUUUCCACACGGAAGCAAAGCAAGUAGCAAAAGCCCCGAGCCGGGGCAACAAAGGGGGCUCAAGGAGGGGGGUCAGGGGCAAAAGAAGAGAAGAAAGGAACGCAACUCACCGCCGUCGAGCAUGGUGACGCCGCCGUGGGCGUUGACGCCCGUGACGGCCCAGUCGCCGCGGACCCAGACGUCGCCGUACUGGUUGGGGCGGCUGGUGAGAUAGGCGGCCCUCAGGGUGACGAGCUCGCCGACGAGGCUCUCCCAAAAGUCGAGGCCGUAGGCGGCCGGGUCGAGGCGCGGGUUGGCGCCCGAGACGGUGGCGGCGGCGUUGGGCACGCC